GACAAGGCAUCUGGGAAAAUAGACCUCAGCAGACUCUAAAACAUCUUGCUUUUCUCUGGUUUACCAAGCCAGUCCCAUGCAAUGAGUCUAUGAGAGAAUCUUCUAGGUCCAUUUUUGGGUGUGGCAUGCAGGGCUGGAGGAAUGUAGAGCUCUGCCUCUUAGCAGCUGAAUUUGUACUUGGAUGUUAUUUGACAUGAUCAUCUGUUGACCAACAGGUCCUUCAGCAGGAGACCCCACUCUGAGGUAAGGAGCAGUGGCCCAGGGACAUUUCCUUCAGCAAGAAUAAAGAACAAUACAAGAACCCGGGGCUACAGACUUUUCAAUUGUUCCUUUCCUCUUUUACUGUGUUCCCAUUCUUUCUUUUUGCCUUUUGCAGCUUAAUUUUCCGAUCAUUGUUUUUCUAUCUUUCCUGCUGUAUCCCGUGGUUCCUCUUUAACUACCUUUGCCUGUUCCUCUUCUCUCUUUCAGUCACAUUUCUUAGAGCCCUUAUGAAAUGUCCCGAGAAACUGUCACUUCAACCUUACUUCCUGCUUUAAAUCCUCUGCCCGUUUCCCAGACUCAUUCUACCAGGAGGUCACGCGGGAAUUGUGUCAUCUCAGGAAGGAGACCGGGGGUGCUGACUGUGGAACAGCUGCAUGUGGUGCCUCGGGAGUGGCAGGAACCUGAAAGUGCAAGAGCUUACUUAACUGUGUCUGCAGAGCAAAGUCAGCACAGUCCUGCACUUCCUGGGCAGAAGAGCUCUCUGCCUCUCUCUCUCUUUCGCCAUUAUUUUCAGAUGGGCUCUUGCUCUGUUGGCCUUGAGCUCUACAUUCUCCUGCCUCAGCAUCCCAAGUAGCUGGGAUUACACCAUACACUGCCACCUCUGGCUUAGGUUACUCUUUUCUCAGACUGUCCGCCUAGAAGAUUCUUUUGAGACUUUAGCACUUGCUAAAAUCUAGUUACCACUAAGUGUGAAGCAGGAAGAUUAGCAGAUGACAGGAACCUUAAGGGGAGGCUCGGCGGCCCUUACACACCACACUGCAGCCCACACUCAGGCCGUGGGGAGCCGGCCUCACUCCCGAGGUGGGCAGAAGCCCUCCCCCCGGCGGGGAAGGACACUCAGGAUGGGAACGGCCCGAAGGCAGCACAGACACGGCCUAGGAACAGGUCCAGACCCAGGCUUUGCACCUGCCCGAGAGAGGGCGUGGGCUGAUGGCCCAGGACCCGGACCCUGUGAGAGCCCAGGCUCUUUGGUGUUUCAGGAGGAGGAUCGAGCCCUGGCAGUUCGAGGCCUCCUUCGACCCCCGGCAGCUGCGGAGAGAGACCUGUCUGCUGUCCGAGGUGCAGUGGGGCACGAGCCCCAGGGCCUGGCGGGGGUGCAGCCUGAACACAGCCCGGCACGCGGAGGUGAGCUUCAUGGACAGGCUCACCUCGGAGGGGCGCCUGCGCGGCCCCGUCCGCUGCUCCAUCACCUGGUUCCUGUCCUGGAGCCCCUGCGGGGCCUGCGCCCAGGCCAUCGGGGAGUUUUUGAGGCAGCACCCGAACGUGAGUCUCGUCAUUUACAUCGCACGGCUUUUCUGGCACGUGGAUGAGCAGAACCGGCAAGGACUCCGGGACCUGGUGACCCGUGGCGUGCGCAUGCAGGUCAUGAGCGACCCAGAGUUCGCCCACUGCUGGAGGAAUUUCGUGAACUACUCGCCAGGGCAGGAGGCGCGCUGGCCCCAGGUGCCGCCCGUGUGGACCUGGCUGUACUCGCUGGAGCUGCACUGCAUCCUGCUCAAUCUUCCACCCUGUUUAAAGAUUUCAAGAAGACAUCACAAUCAGCUUACAUUUUUCCAACUUAUUCUUCAAAAUUGCCAUUACCAAGCAAUUCCGUCCCCUGUCCUUUUAGCCUCGGGGUUGAUACAUCCUUUUGUGACCUGGGCUUGAGCAGAAAGUGUGUACAUUGCGUGUACACUGUCGCAGGAGUAGUGUUCAUGCCUCCUAGGGAGUGAGGGCCAUCUGGAAUCCAGAAUUGGGCCGGGAGUGUGGACUACAGGCAGGGUGUUGUCCACCAAGUGUGAGGCUCUGGGUUCAAACCCCAGAAAUGAGAUAAAAAGAAAAAAAAAGAAUCUAGAAAUUUUCACAAACAGCUAUAUCACAUAUUGUGUGUUCUCUGCCCUGUCCCAAAUUACCCUAAAACUUUGCACCCUCAACUAACAGUAAAUAUUUAUUUUGACCAUA